CAGUUCCGCAUUGGAUGUCAGAGGAAGUGUUUCGGAGAAAGUGGUUUCGCUGUACGGUGUGUGUUCGGUCGAUUGAAAUACAAGAGUGAGGUAGAAAAAAAACCCCAUUAGUGCCAGUCAUCUUCCCAGUUCGUUCCAUCGAUUGUGCUGUAGUGUUUGACCAUCUCCCAGUAGCCAACAACAACUCCCAGAAUGUCCGAAGUGAAAACCUACUCGUUGGCAGAAAUCAAGAGCCACAACACGAACAAAUCUUCCUGGAUUGUAAUUCACAACAAUAUUUAUGACGUGACGGAGUUCCUGAACGAGCACCCCGGUGGUGAGGAAGUUCUGCUGGAGCAAGCCGGAAAGGAAGCCACAGAAGCGUUCGAAGAUGUCGGUCACAGCACAGAUGCCCGCGAGAUGAUGAAGAAGUUCAAGGUCGGUGAACUGAUCGAAUCGGAACGGAAGCAAGUCCCAGUUAAGAAGGAACCCGACUGGAGCGCCGACCAGAAGGACGAAAACUCCCUGAAAUCGUGGAUCGUGCCACUGAUCCUAGGAUUAAUUGCGACCAUCAUCUAUCGGUUCUACUUCACUCAGUAACCUACCACCAAGUAUACACCAGUGUGUCCGGAAAGGAAACCUCUACGUAGCCGUGCCGAACGUUCUCUUCAUUCCAAAUACCUACGACAGCUAGAGAGAAACCUAUGCAUACAGUGACACUCAAACAAACAUAGACAGAAAGACACACACACACACACAAAAGCGCUAAGUACUUUCUAGGCGACACAGGAGCAGAAGGAAAAUAACGAUUGCGUUCACAAUUUUAUCCAUUUUUGACUAAUUAAGUAUGUAUUUAAGGAGGACUACAGUGCAAGGGAAAGGGAUCUAUACAGCAAAGCUUUAGAAACGAGACAUUUUUUAUUCCAAUUCUACCUAUUUCAUGUAACCUAAGCGAUGCGCCCGAGAUUGAAAGCUAAACAAACUUGCAAAAUUUUAGAAGGGAGAAUGAAUUGAUUCUAGGAAAACCAAAAACGAAUAAUAUAUUGAUUUGAACACAGCUACACAGCUAUUUUUUGUGGUAUGUUGAUUUCGUUCAACGUGGAAAUUUAAAGAAACUUGGAUUUCGAACUUGUCUGCACUGUUUCGUAGUAUGGUUGAAAUGAAAAAUAAUUGUUGACCUUGGUAAGGUUUGUUUGUAAUCAGCAUUUUUUUUUUAUGAUUCAAGGUUAUAUUGAUGUUUGAUUAUUUGUUUUUCCUUUUUUAAGCAAAUUUGCAUAAUAUUUCUGGGAAUAAACUAAAACUAUAUUUGUA